UAUAAAGGCGAGGGGUAUGACCAAUUGAUGGCAACUUGUUUUGACUUUGUCUCAGAAAGUCAACAGCUCAAGACGCAUCGCUAUGAAGUUCCUCUGUAUUUUCUUAUUAGGUUUGGUGGCUUUGAGCCAGGCACAAGAAGAAUCCUUCCCUUUGUAUCACCAGAACCGAUUCCGUCGUGGCGCUGCGACAUCACCAGCAUCAGCAGGGGGCUACAACAUCGGUAACAAAGGUUCGACAUACAGCGUCUCUUCGGCAUUGGGAGCUUACAACACUUUCACAGGAAACAUUGGGGUUCAGGGAGCGUACGGAGCGGCGACUUACGAUCUAGGUGCUGCAUUGGGAGCCUUUGGUCCUUACUUGAAUGAAGGUGGCGGUGGCGGAUAUGGAGGUGGUGGUAAUACCUAUGGAUAUGGCGGAUCUUUUUUCAGCAAUAAAAAUCGCUAACCUGUUGCGCCGGACGCAAUAAUAACACCUUCGUUAGUUAACGUAUAUGCAUUCUCUCUGUCCAUUGGAUUCUGAUUUUUGUUUAAAAUGCAUGGAAGAAAACAAAUAAAAAAAAUCUGUUGAUCUUU